AUGUCGUUCUAUUCGUCUGUCAUUCGAUUUAGAACGCCAUCCUCGGUAACUUACAAAUCCCUUUUCUUCCCUAACCCCCCUCUCUCUCAUACACACACACGAACACUCUCUCUCUCUCUCACAUACUCUCUCUCUCUCUCUCUCUCUCUCUCUCUCUCUCUCUCUCUCUAUUUCAUUAAAAGCCGGUCCACGUUGUUUCUCAAGAAUGUCCCAAUUUAUUUGUUUUUUACUGUUUCUCUCGAAAAUUUCUUUUUAUUCCUUCUUUCCGUUUUUUACUGUUUGGAAUAUCUAAAUAUUACUCAUUCGCUUCCUUUUCUCGCCACAAUUUCCCGAUAUGCCUAUCUCAUUCUCAAAGCUCGUAUUUUACAGCUUUACUUUUUUUCUUUUACUAAACCCACUUUUUCUAUUUUCAUAAUUAUUUUCCCUCGCUUCCUUUCACUCUUUCUCUUAUCCCUAUCUUCACAAUCUCUCCACCAAAUUUUAAAAAUUCACUCUCUCUUCCUAUCUAUCUAUCUAUCUAUCUAUCUAUCUAUCUAUCUAUCUAUCUAUCUAUCUAUCUAUCUAUUAUAUUUAGCUUCCCUGAAACCAUUCGAGACUUAUAUUUUCCUUUAA